AUGGAAUCGUCCGAGGAAGCUGAUGUUUUAGCAGUAGAAGGGUCGGUUAAUGAUGAUGAGACACUGGUUUCUGCAUUAGAAACCUUUGAACUAGGCUUCUUCUCACCUGGGAAAUCAAGGAACAGGUACCUGGGAAUAUGGUACAAGAACAGCAGUGAAGCAGUUGUUUGGGUUGCAAACAGGAACAACCCGAUCGCUGACACGAAAGGGGUCUUAACGGUAAGCGACAAUGGAAAUCUUGUCCUCUUGGACCGGAAGAAGAGUGUAGUCUGGUCAUCCAAUGUGUCUGGGACAAUAGAACAUCCCAUGACACAGCUGUUAGAUACUGGAAACCUUGUUCUCAAGGACAACAAAAGCAUAUCUGAAAGGUAUUUGUGGCGAAGUUUUGAUCCCCCUUCAGACACACUCUUGGCAUGUAUGACAAUAGGAUGGAACUUAAAGACCGGAGAGGAAAGAUAUCUAACAUCAUGGAAAAGUGCCGAUGAUCCGUCCCCCGGGAACUUCACUUACCAACUUGACAGAACCGGGUUACCUGAGUUAGUCAUUGAUAGAGGAUCGAUGAAAUCGUACCAAACAGGACCAUGGAAUGGAAUUCAGUUCGGAGCUGUUCCAGCAGUCCUCAAUUUAAUCUUCAAACCAACUGUCAUCUCUAAUGAGAGUGAGUUAUAUUAUACUUUUGAAGCAGUCAGCAAUGCGCUUAAUAUACGGUUAUGGUUGAAUCAGUCUCGUUAUUUACAGCGUCUUAUAUUAGAGCAGGGACGUAAUCGAUGGGGCGUUUUGUACUCUGUACCAUUAGAUCAAUGUGGCAGCUAUGGAUUCUGUGGUGCAAACAGUGUAUGCAGCAGUAGGAAACCCCAUACAUGUGAGUGUAUCCAAGGGUUCAUUCCGAAAUCACAAGGGUAUAUGAACUGUGUAAGAGAAUCAUCACUGGACUGUCAAAAGGGAGAAGGCUUUCUACGGCUUGUCAGGGUUAAAGUUCCGGAUUUGAUAAAAUUUCAGUUGAACGAGAAUUUGAAUCGUGAGAAAUGUGAAGCUUGUUGA